GUUAGGUGAAUGAGGCAAAAAUAACUUUGSCAUGAGUUUAACUGUGGUGACCCCCCUCCACCCACCCUUGCCGCCUCUACAUUUGGCUCCGUCAGUCAAAGGCCAAAAACAAGAUGGCGGGAUUCAGGAGCUGGCUUUUCAUUUCAGCAGUCGUCGCUGCCAGCUUGUGUGGGAUCAGUGCCGAAAUCAAAUUUACCAUUGCUGUGGGGAGGUUGUUUACAUAUGAAGUGAUGAGAGAAAAUUUCCAGAGUGACUUUGAUUCCUACUCGCAAAAACUCUACACCGGGGUCAUCCAUAAUGACCCCAUGAUCUUUAAGUGCAACCAGCAGGGGUAUCCUGACCUCCCAGAGUGGCUCCGCUUCAUCCAAAGGCGUCCCAGUGAGAAUGGCUUCCUGUAUGGCACACCAACGACUCCAGGAAAAACCUUUAUUGAGAUCUAUGCAAUCAACAAAAACAGCUAUGACACAGCAAGAGACCUUCUCGUCAUCAAGGCUGUUCCAGAGAAGAUGCUGCCCUACCAAGCGGAGUUCUUCAUCGAGCUGAGGGAGGUUGAGAAGGUGCUGCCCUCUUCUGUUCAAAGUGAGAUAAAGCAGGAUCUGCAGAAGCUGUGGAACAAUGAGGCGCUGGAAAUUGUCAACAUUACCAACGCCCUCGACCGCGGAGGCAGAGUUCCCCUCCCUCUUGCAGGACACUACGAGGGUGUGUAUGUGAAGGUGGGGUCAAAGAAGUACUUCUCCAGGUGUCUGCAGAAGGUGGUGACGCCAGAAUACCAAAGGCAGUGCGCAGCAGGGGACAAAGUGAAGGUACCUGGAGAAUGCCACUUCUGCAAAAUCCCCAGCAACUGCAUCACCUGGUGCAAGACGAAGCUGGUAAGAGGAAAAACUCCCUUCACGAAGAUCAUCCCUUUAGAGUAG